AUGAUCGUGUUCAGACUGUUGCGAGGCGAUAAAACAAGUUUUAAGCAAAUUUUAUCUAAGACAAACCAAUUUAAUUUCCAUACUAACAAUCUUUUGGCACGAAAUAAUAGUGAUUCUGUUAAGUUAGAUAUUCGCGGGGAAACUUUGAACUUCCCGUAUGUAUGGUUAAGAGAUAACUGCCAGUGUGAACAAUGCUUCCAUCAAUCAGCCAAAAGCCGGAUAAUAGAUUGGAGCAAAUUUAAUCUAAAUAUUAAACCAAAAGACGUGAAUAAAGACGAAAAUUCCGUGCAAAUAACGUGGGAGGAUGGACACAUAUCCAAGUAUGCCUUGAACUGGUUAAAAUUUCGAAGUUUUUCACCAGAAAAUCAAAGUAAAUAUACGAAAACUUUGUAUAAACCAUCCAAAGUAACUUGGCAUGGCGAUGAUUUCACGAAAAUAUUCAGUAAGCACGACUAUAAGGAAAUUUUGAAUUCCGAUCAGGCACUUUACAAGUGGUUACAACAAUUUGCGAUCUAUGGAGUUGCUUUGAUACAAAAUACACCACACUCUGAAACAGCAGUAGACAGUAUAGUUAAAAGAAUUGGUUUCUCAAAAAGAACACAUUAUGGACAACAGUUUGUAGUCCAAAAUGUCCCAAACACAAGUAACGUAGCAUAUUUAUCUAGUAAUUUACAAAUUCAUACUGAUUUACCAUACUAUGAAUAUUGUCCAGGAGCAAAUUUACUGCACUGUCUCGUUCAAACAGAAAGUUCUGGUGGUGAAAACUUAUUGUCCGACUGUCUUUACACUGCCGCUUAUAUAAAAGAACAUCAUCCAGAUAAAUACAAACUUUUAACUGAAGUGGAAGUAGAGUGGAGUGAUAUAGGAAUAGAGGAUGGUAAUGAAUUUUAUAAAUUAUACAGAUCACCCAUCAUAUGUUUAGACAAACAUAACGAGAUAAUAAGAAUUAAUUUUUCAAUUCCUCAGCGUAGCACCAAUUUUCCUGCUUCACUAGAUAAUGUAUGGCCUUGGUAUGAAGCUCAUACUCUCUUCUUUGAAUUAAAUAAGAAGUUUUCUGCCAAGUUUAAAAGCAAAGCAGGAGAUAUACUUGUGUUCGAUAAUAUUAGACUUUUACAUGGUAGGAAUAGUUAUGAAGACAAAAGUAAUAAUGUACGGAAGUUAAUUGGUGUUUAUCUUGAUUGGGAUGAAAUAUAUUCAAGAUUGAGAUGUUUAAAAGUAAAAUUAGAACCAGAAGAUGGCAUG